GCGAGAAGAAUGAGAGGAGGGAUUAGUGGACUGAUAAACAGUACUAUUUCUGAGGAAGUGGAGGACGGUAAAGCAGAGCAGGUCCUCAGUUUCUGACAAAAAUUACAAUCUUAUAUAACCGUUCUUUGAACGUGCACGUGAGAAAAUGCGUUUGUUUACAUUUCGUUGCUCAGUAAAUUUCACGAAAACCGACUACAAGGCGAGCGCGAGCGCGUGGAGACGAACACGGGGGCUACCAGCGGUCAGAUACAAAACAUCAGCCCCCAAAAACUUCACCGACUACGAGAGUGUGAAACAGACAUACAAGCCUCGAGUUCCAGCCCAGUUUAACUUCGCCAGAGACGUGCUCGACGUCUGGGAGACUAAAGAAAAGGCAAAUGAAAAGUCCUCUCUUCCUGCUUUCUGGUGGGUGAAUGAUGAUGGUAGAGAGAUCAGGUGGAGUUUUGAAGAGUUGGGCUUUCACUCUAGAAAGCUUGCUAAUGUUCUGAGUGAAGAAUGCGGUUUGGCGAGAGGGGACCGGGUCUUCUUGGUCCUCCCCCGAGUUCCGGAGUGGUGGCUGGUCAACAUCGCCUGUCUCAGAACAGGUGCAGUUCUGAUCCCUGGAACCACCCAGCUUACAGCCAGAGACAUCCUGCACCGACUGCAGGUCUCUGGGGCCAAGUGUGUGAUCACAGAUGAGAGUAUGGCUCCAAUGUUAGAGGCUUUGACUCCACAGUGUGCUGCACUGACCUCUAAACUCCUGCUGUCCAGUAGGGCGCAUUCAGGAUGGGCCGACAUUACAGCCCUUAUGGGGAGUGCCUCUGCUGACCAUGUUUGUGUGGACACUAGGAGUGAUGAGCCCAUGACCAUCUUCUUCACCAGUGGUACCACUGGGUCACCCAAAAUGACCCUUCACAGCCACUGUAGCUAUGGCCUGGGGCUUACUGUCAAUGGCAGGUACUGGUUAGAUCUCACUGAUAGCGAUGUGUUUUGGAAUACUUCGGACACAGGCUGGGCCAAGUCUGCUUGGAGCAGUGUGUUUGCUGUGUGGACGCAGGGAGCGUGUAUGUUUGCACACCAUAUGCCACGCUUCAAUACACAAACAGUCCUCAAGACUCUCUCCAGCUAUCCCAUCAGCACCUUCUGCACAGCUCCGACAGCCUAUCGGAUGUUGGUACAGGAGGAUCCGUCCAGGUUUCAUUUUCAGGCUCUGGAGCACUGUCUGUCUGCAGGAGAGCCCAUUAACCCUGAGGUGAUGAGUAAAUGGAGAGAACUCACAGGCCUGGACAUAUAUGAGGGAUAUGGGCAGACUGAGACUGUUUUGAUUGCUGGCACUUUCAAAGGCAUGGAGAUUAGACCUGGUUCCUUUGGUAAGGCAUCUCCAGCAUAUGACGUGCAGGUGGUGGAUGAAGAGGGGCAUGUUGUUCCUCGAGGAACAGAAGGAAAUCUGGCUAUCAGAGUGAAACCACACAAACCUUUCUCCCUAUUCACUGAAUACACAGGAGAGCCAGAGAAAACAGCAGAGUGUUACCAUGGUGAUUUCUACCUGACAGGUGACAGAGGUGUAAUGGACCAGGAUGGAUACCUGUGGUUUGUUGGCAGAGCUGAUGAUGUCAUACUGUCUGCAGGAUACAGAAUUGGUCCUUUUGAGGUGGAGAAUGCUCUAAUAGAGCAUAAGGCUGUGGCUGAGUCGGCAGUGGUUAGCAGUCCUGAUCAAGUCAGAGGAGAGGUUGUGAAGGCGUUUGUGGUGCUUACUCCAGAGUACAAAUCCAGGGACCAAAAUGAGCUAAUUAGAGAACUGCAGACACAUGUUAAGAAUGUCACAGCUCCAUAUAAAUACCCCCGCAAGAUUGAGUUUGUGGACCAGCUGCCCAAAACAGUGAGCGGUAAAAUCCGGAGAGUGGAGUUAAGAAAGAAGGAAUUGGAGAAGUCAUAACCAAGCUUACCAGACAUGCGCCUCAACAUCUGUUACACCAGAGGUUCUUAAUCCGUAUAUUUUGUGCUCGAACACACCUGACCCAGCUCAUAAAGGACUUGAAAUGUAGUUUAUUGUUUGAAUCAGGUGUGUUAGAGUGGGUGAAACACAAAACGUUCAGAGUAUGAGGACUAUUUUGACAUACUGUGACAAUCUUGAUUUCUAGUUGGCUUAGCUAAAUGUCUACAAUCACACAAUCAUGUGUUGAAUCAACCAAAGCUUGUAGCUUUCAUUGAUGUGGGAAAACAUGAGCAAAAACACUCAUUCUGUGGAGGACUGCUAGCAUAAAUGCUAAUGUUCAGAAUUAGUCUGUCAACUCAUUACACAUAAAUAAUUCCGUCUACACCUGGUCCAGCUAGAAUAGUCGUGUCAAACUGGGGACCUUCUGGGCCAAAGUGCUGCAGAGAUUAGCCUUUAUCAUCAUCUAAUGCUCUGAAUUCAGUUCAUGAAAGUCUUGCUAUUAGCUUAGCUUAACGUUAGCUUAUGAGCUGAAUCAGGUGUGUAUAAUGAGGCAAUGUAUUGACAUCUGCAGUGUUUUGGCCUGUGAGAAAUGGAGCCUGACACACCUGAGCUAGAACCUCAUCUCAAACCUAGCACUGACCUAUUUAGAGAAUCAUUUGAGCUUGGGUUUCAAGGUUGGGUUUAAACUCACAAAACACAAUAGAAUUCAAUGUUUCUAGAUUUUUCCAACGUUAUUAACUUUUGAAAAACGUACAUCAGUGACAAGACAAGUUUUACAGAACAAACAGCAAACCAGAGAUAGGGAACUGUAAUGCACAUAUCUGCCUGUAGAGGGAGAUAUUGCAACUGUUGAGCACCUCGUUGAUCAAAAGUGUAGUUUAAGAUCCAAUAUAGACAUUAAAACGGAUCCUUUCUUGAUGUGGGUGUCUUAAUUUUAAGUGCAUAACUGUAUAAACUGUAUAGCUGUAUAAAAUAGGACUCUCAUGAUUACCUAGUUAAACUCAGAUGUUUGAUCAAAAAAGUAAUCAAUUAAAAAUUGAUAAUGAAUUUAAAAA